AUGAGCCAGCCGAACCUGUACAUACUUGCCGCGGACAAUCCGUCAGCCGUGUUGAGUCACCUGCGAUCUGACGCUUCGCGAGCAUCUAACCAGGACGAACACGGUUACUCUCUCCUCCACGCCGCCGCCUCCUACGGACAUAUUGAGCUGCUCCGUGCGCUCGUGCAGGAGUUUCAUGUGGAUCCCAACUUGACGGACGAAGAUAACGAAACGUGUUUAUUCGUGGCCGAGCAGUUGGACAUUGCGAAGUGUCUCGUGGAAGAACUGGGCGUCGACGCGAACCACAAAAAUGCCGAUGGAUUUACGGCGCAGGAGAUGAUUGAAAGUGAGGGAUCAUUCCUCGACAUCGCUACAUAUCUCGGAGAAAUCACUGGAAACGCAAUAUCGGACGAGCGCCAACAAGCCCUACGAGACGUCCACCCACCGCCCCUUCCUCCAAACAUCAGCGUCAACAUGGGCACGAUGUCCGAACAGGAGGUUGAUGGGGAAGCAGGCGACGUCGAUCCUGAGUUUCGGCGGAGGAUUGCCGAGUUGGCUGCGAGGGAGGAUUUCCACACUGAAGCAGGCCAAAAUCAGCUGCGCGCCCUGACAUUCGGCACUCGACAGCGCUACAACAUUGCUCGGAGAGUUCGAACAGGCAUGUUUGGCGGGUUAUACUGCAUCUCUCCGAUGCGUUUAUCCCGCUUGCUUGAUGCUGAUACACCUGAGGACCCGCCCUGA